AUCUUAGCGUCGUAAGCGAUGUUAUCUCUCACAUCAUGCAUGAGACGAAGCACUUCAAGAAAUCAAUAUAAAAAGACCCCUCUUGGAUUUAGCAGUAAUCAACUCUCUGUCUCUUGAAGUAUCUUGAUUGAAUUGCCGCCCAAAAUCUAGUUGUUAACUAUUCGAGUUAGUGGAAGCUAAACGCGUAUUUUCUUUUUGCCAGUCACUUAGUAACCAGUAUCGUUGGUGGAGCUCAAUAAAUCAUUUGUAAAAUAUGGCACCGGCGAAGAAAAAAUGUCCUUUGGGACCGGGAUAUGCAACUCCCUUAGAUGCUUUCCACAAAGGAUCACGUGAGAAGAUAUUGUAUACUAUCACAGUACAACCGAAUCUUGAGGAACCCCAUGGAGACUAUCUCUCGACUGUAGACGUUGAUCCAGAAAGCCCCACAUAUUGUCAGGUAAUCCACAGGACUUUCACAAACCGCACCGGAAAUGAAUUGCAUCACUCUGGCUGGAAUGCAUGUUCUAGUUGCUACCUAGUCGAUGAAAAAUGUGAUAAAAUACCAAAACGGAAUAGAUUGGUUCUACCAUGUUUGCAUUCCGACAAUAUUUACAUCGUUGAUGUGGCUUCAAACGAAAGGAAACCAGAAAUUGUUAAAGUAAUCGAGGGUGACGUUUUGAAAUCAUUUAAUCUUACAGCGCCACAUACGUCCCAUUGUCUAGCUGAUGGCAAUGUAAUGAUAUCAACUCUGGGAGACCGCGAUGGUAACUCCAAAGGCGAUUUCUUCCUUCUGGAUUCAGAAUUCAAUCCAGUCGGGACAUGGGUCAAAAGCGAAAAGAAAGCGGUCUGCGGUUACGAUUUUUGGUAUCAACCAUAUUUCAAUGUGAUGGUGGCAUCUGAAUGGGGUGCACCCAAGUUAUUCAAAAAAGGAUUCGUUCGUUCCGACGCUGAUGACCCCACAAAAUACGGACGAUGCCUGAACUUCUAUAAAUGGCAAGAACGGACCCUUUUCCAAUCAAUCGACCUUGGUGAGGAAGGUAUUGCUCCUUUGGAAGUCCGAUUUCUGCAUGACCCACUUCAGUGCCAAGGAUUCGUCGGAACCGCUCUUUACUCCAAAGUCUAUUGGUUCUACCGAAAGCCCAACUCAGAACGAUUUGAGGUGAAAAAGGUGAUCGACGUUCCCACAAAAAAGGUAGAAGGAUGGCUGGGAGGCACUGAAAUGGGUGGUUUGAUGACCGAUAUCCUCCUAUCCUUGGACGACAAAUUCUUAUAUUUCUCGAAUUACUUACAUGGGGAUAUUCGGCAAUAUGAUGUUUCUGAUCCAGCCAAUCCAAAACUGACUGGUCAGGUGUUUAUUGGUGGCUCAGUUCAUAAACAAAGUGGGGUAAAGGUUCUGCAAGAUGAAGAGCUUGAUGAGCAGCCAGAAGCGCGAUUUAUCCAAGGGCGGAAGAUCGAAGGAGGUCCGCAAAUGAUGCAAUUGUCCUUGGACGGAAAGCGUUUAUAUGUUUCCUCAUCGUUGACUUCUGUGUGGGACAAGCAGUUUUAUCCCAAGCUCGUCAAAGCGGGAGGUAUAAUUGCACUAAUUGAUUGUGAUAAUGUCAAUGGAGGCAUGAAAUUAAAUGAAAACUUCCUGGUUGAUUUUGGAAAAGAACCAUAUGGACCAACCCUGCCUCAUGAGAUGCGCUACCCUGGUGGAGACUGUACUUCUGAUAUUUGGUUAGCCGAUUCAUGUCAGGAAAGCUGCAAAUUGUAGACUUAAAUUUAUUGUUAAUUUUAAAAGUUUAUAAAUAAAUAUUUCGUAUGCAUUUAUUUGAAUUUGAUAUCAUUAGAUAUUGACUGUAAGCAAGUAAUAAAUAUUCUAGAUGAGCUCUGAACG